AUGGAUUGGCCCAUGAACUCGAUCAACCCGCUCUCCAGCCUCUCCCUCCUCGCAUGCCUCCUCCUCCUCGGCCUACUCUUCCUCCGCCCCAAGCCCGCCGGCAAGACACCUCCCGGGCCCAGGGGCAUCCCCAUCCUCGGUAACCUCCUCCAGCUGGGCGACCUUCCCCACCAGUCCAUGCACCGUUGGCGGGGGCCCCACGGCCCCGUCCUCUGGCUCAAGCUCGGCUCCGUCGAGACAAUGGUCGUCCAGAGCUCGACAGCCGCUGCAGAGCUAUUCAAGAAGCACGACCUCGCCUUCGCCGAUCGCAAGGUCCCCGACGUGAUCACCGCCUUCGACUUCAGCAGCGGGUCCCUCAGCAUGAGCCAGCUCGGGCCCUACUGGCGGGCCCUACGCCGCCUCUGCUCCGCGGAGUUCCUCGUCAGCAGGCGCGUGAACGAGACCGCCGGCCUCCGACACCGCCUCUGCCACGAAAUGGAGCGGUGGAUCCUCGAGGAGUCUGCCCGCGGAGGGACGGGGGCUGUCCAGCUCAGCCGGUUUCUGUUCCUGAUGGCGUUUAACUUAAUGGGGAAUAUGAUGCUGUCGAGGGACCUGCUAGAUGCCAAGGAUCCCGAGUUGAGGCAGUUCUUCGACUGCGUGAACCGGGGGUUGGAGCUUCAGGGGACACCCAACAUAGCCGACUACUUGCCGUGGCUGAAGUGGAUGGACCCGGCCCGAAUGAAACGGGAGAUGAAGAGGCAUAUGAUUGUCGUGAUGCGAAUAACAUCCAGGUUCAUCCAGGAGAGGCUGGACGAGCGCAAGGCGGGGAAAGUCCGGGAUAGGAAGGAUUUUCUGGAUGUUCUGCUCGAGUACGAGGCGGACGAGAAGGACAGGCCAGAUAGGAUUACCGAGAAGAAUAUCAACAUCGUUCUCACGGUGAGUGUAAUGGUCCCUCCUGAUCACGAAAUGUUGUCAGCGGGAUCCGAGACCACAAGCAUCAGUAUCGAGUGGGGAUUAGCGGAGCUCCUGAGAAGCCCGCACACGUUCAAGAAGGUCCGGGAAGAGCUGGACCGGGUCGUGGGCGUGGAUCGGCGGGUCGAGGAGAAGGAUAUCGAGAACAUGCCUUACCUGCAAGCAGUCGUUAAGGAGGCCUUCCGCCUCCACCCAGCGGCGCCACUGCUUCUCCCCAGGAAUACCAAAGAGGACACCAACUACAUGGGCUACCAUAUCCCUAAAGGCACUCAGGUGUUUGUCAAUGUGUGGGCCAUUGGGCGCGACCCGGAGGUCUGGCCCGACCCACUCGAGUUCAGGCCCGAGAGGUUCCUGGGGUCCAACAUUGAGUACAAUGGGCAGCACUUUGAGUUGAUUCCUUUUGGGUCGGGCCGGAGGAUCUGCGUCGGGUACCAGCUGGCCCGACGGACGGUCCACCUGGCAAUGGCAACCCUGGUUCAGUCGUUCGAUUGGGAUCUCGGGCCAGGCAUCAAGCCCGAGGACAUUGACAGGGAGGAACGGUUGGGGUUGACACUUAGGAAGAAGAAUCCACUGUUUGUGAUCCCGACUAAGCGCAUAAAUUGUUGAAGUAAAUAAAUUGUUUGUCAUUCAGACUAAGCACAUACAUAUUUGUAUGUAUAUAUAUAAUUAUAUAUAUUCAUACACACAUAAAUGUACUGCUCCAUAUUUUUGUGCUAUUUGGCAGUGUACCUGUGUAAUUGAUAUAUUUAGUGCUACAUAUGUUAUUGCAUCAUCACUAUACAUAUAAUAUCUGAUUGCCAUGACAUGCUAAAAACAUAGUAUUGUAGAAACAGAGUUUUUUGUACUGCUUGGGACUUGGGAGUAUCAUUUGGUGUGUAAUCAAUGUAAUUAUUCCUUCAAGGUUGCCUGUAAAUAUGGAAUCUGGGUCAGGCCAUCCUCUUGAACUCUCCAGCUAUGGGCCUUUUUCACCGAGUUUGGGUGGUGGAGUACUUCAGCCAUUCCCCAUUUUAUGUUGUUGCAUAUGUUGUGAACAUACCCCAAGUAAGCCCCCAUUAACGAUGAAGUUCCAGAUGACCAAGCGAGCCCAAUAAUACAACCGGACCUUUACUGGAUCAACCAAAAGCCCGAAGGAUAGGUCUGUCGAUCGCCUAUGGGCAACAAUCAGAUCAACAUAAUGUCAAUCCUUCGUUGUGAAUUAAGAUGCCAAAGGGAAUGUGAAUGAAAAAUAUACCAUCCGU